GCAUUCGCAAGGACAGAGAACAACUCCACAUCCUCCAAACCAGCUGGGUCAUUGACCGUCUACGUUACGAUUCUCCGAAACCUUCCUACCAAGUACCUCCGAACCAAACAAACAAACAAAUCCGCCAACCGCCAAAAUGAGCAGCUACUUCCGCGUCACGCUCAUGCGCUCAGCAAUCGGUCUUCCACGCCGCACCAACGACGUCCUAAAAGCCCUCGGCCUGAAGAAGCGCAUGGCUACCGUCUUCCACCCCGUGUCGCCGUCCGUGGCGGGUCAAAUCAUGAAAGUCAAGGAAUUGGUGCAGGUGCAGGAAGUCGACCGUCGACUCACGAAGCAAGAGGUGCAUCUCGAGCGCAAGCCCGAUCCGGGAUACUAUGUUGAGAAGACCUCGGGGGUGGAGUUUGAGGAGAAUAGAUUGGCUUGAGUGAUAUCCAUCUCUAGGGAAUGAGAUGGACUGUUGGUGUUUUCAAUUCGGCUUUUUUGCGGAAUGGUUCGUUUGAUUGAUUGGUAUGCGAUUGGAGUCUGGGAUUUCAUAUUUUAUUGUCGAAUUUGUUGGAUAUGCCUGCUCAUGUGGGUGGAAAGUGAUGUGUACUAUAUGGGAUUGAGCAAGUGGGUGAAAUUCCCACUUAGAGGUGGAGGUGAAGGGAAGUGAACUAUUGCAUGCAUCCAGCGGCUUUUAUUUGAUCAGAUCGUGUGUCUGAGUCCGGGUUCAUCUUGCGCAACGAUUUUGCACUGUACUAUACUACACAUAUUGUCAUAU